GAGCACCACCAAACCAAUCCCCGCGCUUCUUUCUCACCGAGCUGCGAGCAACCUCGGCGACGGCGGGCGGCGGAGCAACCUCGGCGACGGCGUGCAGUGAGGAUUGUUUGCCAUCCAUCCAUCCAUGGCGUCUCUUCUUCUCCCUCCUCAGUUCGCCUGCUCCCUGCCGUAUUACUGCAUCAGGGGUCAGUUACAUUAUAAGCCCACCAUUUGGGGAAAAAAUACGACAAAGACUAAAAUGGGGUUGCUUCACCGAAAUGUGAGUUUCGUGUCAAAGAAGAGUUCUCAAGAUGUAGAGGAAGGCUCAAGCGGUGAGGACAGUGAUGCUGAAACCCCAAAGACCAAGAAAAAACCUGCGAAACGUGGAAGAAAGAAAGCCACCAUAGAUACAUCUGACGGGCACGCAAAAGAAGGCCAAAGUGACACUGAAGAUGCGUCCCCUGAAGAACCUAAGGUAGUUAAAAAGAGAGGCCGGAAGAAAGCUGCUACUACCGCAUCCUCUGUUGAGGAGGCUGACAAACCAAAAGAACCAAAGAAGAGGGGCAGAAGAAAAGUUAAGGCGGCUGAACAAUUAAGUGACGAUGAAGGAGAAGAUCAGAGCAAAGAUCUGAUGCCCUCUAACGAAAUAGAACUUCACAGUUCAGCCAAUGAUCUUGAAAGUAAAGUAGAGGCGUUAUUAUCACAAGAUAUUGGAGAGGUUGACAAAUUAACACCUCUUGUCUGCUGCUUUGGACCAGCUAAGUACUCGUUUAUUCCUUCUGGAAGACCUGCUAAUAGGCUGGUGGAUCGAGAGAUUCAUAGCAGAAUGAAGGAUAUGUUUUGGUCUCCGGAUGAAUUUGUGAGGGCACCUGGAGGGUCAUCAUCCAAUGUUGCCCUUGCUCUAGCAGCUCUUGGAGGCCGGGUUGUGUUCAUGGGAAAAUUAGGUGAUGAUGAGUAUGGCCAAAGUAUGUUGUAUCACUUAAAUAUGAACGGAGUUCAAACUCGAGCAGUUAGCUUGGAUCCUUCAGCACCAACUGCCAUGUCCUUGAUGAAGGUGACCAGCAGAGGUAGCUUGAACACAAGCUGUGUUAAAUCAUGUGCGGAGGAUUGUUUUCAGCAAUCUGAUAUUAACCCAGAUGUUCUAAAAGAGGCUAAGAUGUUUUACUAUAAUUCGUCAGCUUUGCUUGAGGCAACUACGCGGUCAUCAUUGUUAAAAGCAAUUGAGGUCUCCAAGAAGUUUGGUGGGAUAACAUUCUUUGAUCUUAAUCUUCCAAUGCCACUAUGGUCAUCCAGUAAGGAGGCCAAAUCACUCAUCAAGGAGGCAUGGGAAGCUGCAGAUAUUAUUGAGGUCACAAAACAGGAACUUGAGUUCCUAUGUGGUAUUAAACCAUCUGGGAAAUCUGACACGAAAGACGAGAAAUCCGAAUUCGCACACUACAGCCCGGAAGUUGUUAUGAAGUUAUGGCAUGCCAAUCUGAAGGUCCUCUUUGUGACUAACGGGACCUCGAAGAUACACUAUUAUACGGAAAAACACAAUGGCUCGGUUCGCGGGACAGAAGAUGCGCCGAUUACUCCUUUCACCAGUGAAAUGUCACAAUCAGGGGACACCAUAGCUGCAGCCCUCAUGAAUAUGCUGUCAAUCAACCCUCACCUGGUGACGGACAAGGUUUACCUGCACAAGACAGCAAAGCACGCCAUCAAAUGUGGCGUCAUCGAUCAGUGGCUGGCCGCGCGGGAGCGGGGAUUCCUUCCGAGAGGGAUAGCAGAACCAAGCAGCGAACAUGAGGAAGCGAGAUUCAUCACGGAAAGGGAAUACCGUACCAUCCCUGACACCACGCAAACGGCAAAUCCAUCGGACAGGGAGCUCGCGCACGUGGACUGAACUGAAGAAUGUGUAGGAAGGAAGUCAGACAUCUAUACACUACACAGCGUUUACGUGCUCUUAGUUGUAAUUGGUGUUCAGAAGGAUUAUCUUAAAGCUGCAGUUUCUUGCGUAGGUUCGCAACUGGAGUUAGUGUUCAGGAGGGUUAGUUUUAGACCUGCAGCUUCUAGGUUGGUAUGUUCUCUUUUUCAGAUAGAAGAAACACUAGUAGCAAGUUGAUGAGGUCUGAGAUUUCCAGGUAGCUGCUGCUGCUCUGUGCUAGUAGUGUUAUCCCUGACACCACGCAAAUUUUUCUAAACUGAAAGAUAUGCACAUUCUGGUGUUA